AGUGAUGGACAGGCGGCUCCUCGGUGCAGCCGUAUCCGGUCAUGCUACAGAAAUUGGGCACCUGGCUUCAGAAGAUCCAUCCCUGCUGCUUGGAACCACUCCGCAGGGGAACACCUGCCUCCACAUCGCUUCCAUCCAUGGCCACGAGGAGUUCUGCAAGGAAUUCCUGGCGCUGAGCCAGUCUCUUCCUCUGCUCACCACCAUCAAUGCAGACGGCGAGAUGCCGCUGCUCGCCGCCGUGACAAACGGACGUGUUUCUUUAGCUUCUUUUCUGCUCAGGUUUUGCCGUGAUCAGGAGCUGAGCGCGGCGAUCUUGAACAAGGACAAACGUGAAUGCAACGCGCUGCACCACGCUGUCCGCAGCGGAUACAGCCAGCUCACAUUCGAGCUGAUAGCAGCAGAGCCAGCCCUGUCGCGGGCCGUGAACGAGCACGACGAGUCGCCCAUGUUCAUCGCGGUGAUGAGAAAUGAUCAGGAUGCCUUCGAGAAGCUGUUGGAGAUCCCAGAUUCUGCACAUGGGGGAGCCUAUGGCUACAAUGCUCUGCAUGCUGCCGUGAGAAACGAUAAUGCAGCCAUCGCUAGUAAGAUUAUGAAGACACGUCCUGGGCUGGCUAGAGAAGAAGACAAGGAAAACAGAACCCCGAUGCACCUGGCUGUUAUUUGGGACAAGAUUAACGUGCUAAGAGUAUUGUUGGAACAUGAUCCGUCUCUAGGGUAUGUAGUCUCCUCAAAAAACGAAGGCACCCCUCUCAUUAAUUUUGCUGCAUGCGAAGGCAAUGUUAGUGCUGCUCGAGAGCUUCUUAAACAUUGUCCAGAUGCUCCCUACCGCGAUGCCAGUGGCUCCACUUGUCUGCACCAAGCUAUAUGGAUGACAGAGCAUACGAAGUUUGUAGAAUUUGUCCUGGGUUCGCCUCAACUUCGUAAGCUCGUGAACAUGAGAGAUUCAGAUGGAGAAACUCCUCUCCAUCUCGCAGUCCGAAUGUGCAAUCCGAAGAUCGUCGCUGCUUUACUGCGUCAUAAUAAAGAUAUAGACGUCACGAUGCUUCACAACACCGGUGAGCCUGCAAUCAGGAGAUUAGCGGGUGGUGCCACCGAACAUGCCAAGACUUUAAACUGGAAUGAAGUGUACAUGGUUAUGAUGCAAGCUGAUCCUAAUAAAGACGCAAGUACAAUUUUUAAUCUUCACAAAGACGUCAAGUCUGAAGUGACAAGGUCAACAAGGAUGGACGUCAAGUCACUGACAAAAACAUACACGACCAACACUUCGCUAGUGGCUAUCCUCAUCACGACCAUUACCUUUGCUGCUGCUUUCACUUUGCCCGGAGGAUAUAGCAGCACUGAUCCUGGAGCGGAGGGGCUUCCCAUCAUGGCAAGGAAGGCUGCAUUUCAAGCAUUUUUGAUCUCUGACUCCUUGGCGAUGUGCUCCUCACUUGCUGUUGCUUUCAUAUGCAUCAUAGCAAAGCGGGAGGACCUUGAGUUCUUGAUUUACUACAGAUCUCUUACAAAGAAGCUUAUGUGGUUUGCUUACGUGGCGACCAGCACGGCGUUCGCAACUGGUUUAUAUACAGUUCUGGCUCCUCGUCUACAAUGGUUGGCUGUUGCGGUUUGCGUACUGACGGGUUUAUUGCCAAUUCUUACAUUGCUGCUAGGUGAAUGGCCCAUCUUGAAACUGAGGUUUCGGCUGGGUCGGGCAUUCAAGACUGAGCUCCUUGAUAUGGUCUAAUCUCUCUGCCUUACGUUAUUGGUGCCAGCUACUUUCUUAUUAUUCGAUAAAAAGAAACAAGUUUAUGUUGCAUGAGCUUCGGCUGAUGAUUUUAUUUUGGUAAUUCGAAACUCCGUGUAAUGCAUGUACUAUGUACUUUGAACAUUCUGAUUAUAUCAAGCUUGAGAAGUUGAGAGUGAUGUUCUGUUUCCGACUUGGACUUCCUGAAUAAACUAGGCGUGAUAGGUUCAUGGAUAUUCUGGGAAAGAUGAGCAGCAAUGGCGUGAUAUAUGCUCAUUUAUAUUUUUCAAAGGUAAUUGUUUGUAACUGAACUUAUGAAGCAAAAGUACUGUGGAAAAAAUAUGUGUUUUAGUCAAAAGAUGCA